AUGAACCUUUUGCCUUCUCGCACCUCCAGCUUGGCUCCACCCGACCUCGACGAUGAAACCUCUGAGCGGCGUCUUUUCCUGCGUCGUGGAUCUUUGUUGAUUGGACGCAGUAAUCCUCGUUAUGAAUGGCAAAGAUAUUACAAGCCCCCUGAGUCAUUAAAGGAUCUCCCCGAAGCUAUCCGGAAAUAUCAUGAACGAAAUAAUGGAUUAAUUUCCCAAUAUCUCUAUAUUGACCGACUGCUGGACUCUUCGUUACCUCAUAAUCUGAUUGAGGAAUACAACGAAUGCAAUCACUACGGCCCUGCAGGAAAAUGGAGCAAUUCGCUGAACUCUCAAGAAGAGAACGAAGCCGAGACAUUGGAACCACAUCCCAAAAGCGGAAGGAUCAAACGCACUCCGCAUAAUCUCUAUCGAAUCCCCGACGAGACAACUCCAUUGGUCCAAUCCCCUGUGGCAGUUGACAGCCCACCAGACCCAUUCCUCGAUCUGGAAUCGAAUGGUGGGAUGUCGCCAAUUGAGGAGGAGCACGUUAUCAACGUGGCGAUUCGCCUUAACUUCGUUGCCAACGUGGCUCUUCUUGGAUCGAAGAUCGCUAUCAUGGCGAUGACUAGCUCCAUGUCUAUGCUGGCCGGCCUGGUUGACGGAGUUUUGGACUUUCUCAGCACCGUGAUCGUCUGGGUGACCACUAUCAUCAUCCGUCGAGAAGAUCGCAAUCGGUAUCCCAUCAGUCGGCGGCGGUUAGAACCCAUCAGUGUCCUGAUUUUCUCGGUUAUCAUGGUGACUUCAUUUUUCCAAGUCGCUAUAACGUCGAUGAGACAGCUGACUGGAGACGACCGCACGGUUGUUGAGCUCUCCACCCCAUCUCUCGCCCUAAUGGGUGGCACAGUGUUGGUGAAACUGCUUUGCUGGAUGUGGUGCCGGUUGAUUCCGAGUCCGAGUGUUCAGCUACUGGCCCAGGAUGCUAUGACUGACGUCGUUUUCAAUACUUUUAGUAUCAUCUUUCCACUGAUGGGCACUUUCGCAAACCUCUGGUACUUGGAUCCCCUAGGUGGCCUGUUCCUCUCUAUCUACAUCAUGUGGAACUGGGGUCAGACAGCUGCAGAAUAUAUCCGGCGUUUAACGGGUGCAGCGGCCUCUGCUGACGAUCACAGCAUUUUGCUGUACAUGACCAUGCGGUUCUCUCGAGUGAUUCACAAGAUCCAGGAUUUGAAAGCCUACUAUGCGAGUGACAAGCUGAAUGUUGAGGUAGAUCUAGUGGUGGAUGAAAGAACUAGUUUGCGGGAUAGCCAUGACGUUGGUGAGAGCUUACAGUACAUCCUCGAGAGUGUGCCUACUGUCGACCGUGCAUUUGUACACUUGGACUACUACGAGUGGAACUUGCCUAGCCACAUGAACCAGAUGGACCGGUGA